AUGGAGAACGGAGAUAUCCCAGAGAACGCCAACGAGCAUUGCCCAGGUCCUCAAUCGGAAUCUGCUGGAAAGUCAGAUUCUUGUGCAGGUUGCCCCAAUCAGGAAACAUGUGCCACUGCUCCUAAGGGACCUGACCCAGAUUUGGUUGCCAUAGCAGAGAGAAUGAGCACUGUCAAGCACAAGAUUCUGGUUUUGUCUGGCAAAGGUGGGGUUGGUAAGAGCACUUUCUCAGCUCAGCUCUCGUUUGCCCUGGCGGGAAUGGACCAUAACGUAGGCCUGAUGGACAUAGAUAUAUGCGGCCCGAGCAUCCCAAAAAUGUUAGGCCUUGAAGGGCAAGAGAUUCACCAGAGCAACCUUGGAUGGUCCCCGGUUUAUGUGGAAGACAACCUUGGUGUCAUGUCUAUAGGUUUCAUGCUCCCAAACACUGAUGACGCUGUGAUCUGGAGAGGACCACGCAAGAACAGUCUCAUCAAACAGUUCUUAAAAGACGUGUACUGGGGAGAGGUCGAUUACCUUGUGGUUGAUGCCCCACCAGGGACUUCAGACGAACACAUCUCCAUUGUUCAGUACCUUCAAGCCACAGGGAUUGACGGUGCCAUCAUUGUCACGACCCCACAGGAAGUCUCCUUGAUUGAUGUCAGAAAAGAAGUGAGCUUUUGCAAGAAAGUUGGAGUCCCUGUGCUAGGAGUAGUAGAGAACAUGAGCGGUUUGUCUCAGCCGUUGACGGAUGUCAAAUUCAUGAAGCUGACAGAGACCGGUUCCUCCAUUGAUGUGACCCAAGACAUCAUCUCUUGCAUAAGACAGAACGCACCAGAGCUUCUCAAUGUCGUGGCUUGCAGCGAAGUGUUUGACAGCAGCGGUGGCGGUGCAGAGAGAAUGUGUCGGGAAAUGGGAGUACCGUUUCUUGGGAAAGUUCCUUUGGAUCCACAGCUUUGCAAAGCAGCAGAACAAGGUAAGUCAUGCUUUGAGGAUAACAAGUGUUCUGUUAGCGCACCCUCGCUUAAGAGCAUCAUACAGAAAGUCGUUGCUUCGAUGACGACGAUGACCGAGUGA